CACCGCAGCCUCCUGCUCAUCGGAGAGAGGCGCACCCAGGACUCACCCUCCGCCUCCGCCCACCAAACCCCUCCCCUUCCACCCUCAAAACUAUUUAGCAUCUGAAGUUGGGACAAAAUUUCCAAAAAACAUUUUUUUAGAACAAAAAUAAUACUUUCUGCGAGAGUAGACGCGGGCCAGCCACCAGAGUGAGCUUCGGCGUGUUAGAAGAAGAGCAUCUCUAAAAGUUCUUCUCCUCCUUUCUAAGGAUUUACAUUUAUCCUGUAACCACGGCUUCGAAGGUGGACACCGUUUUUUCCUCCCUGUCUCUACAUUUCUUCAAGAAAGAAAUGGAAGAGGGCUCCAGCUCCCCGGUCUCCCCUGUGGAUAGUCUGGUGACGAGCGAGGAGGAGCCGGAGCGGCAGCAGAAGCGCUUCUCCAGGAAGAGGAGGCACAGCAAGAAGUCCGGAGAGGACAGCAGCGGGAGCAGCCCCGGUACCGGGCCGGGGAAGCGGGGCAAGAAGCCCAGCCCGAGCAGCAACCAGUCGUACGAGGAGCUGCAGAACCAGCGGGUCCUGGCGAACGUGCGGGAGCGUCAGCGGACUCAGUCUCUGAACGAGGCCUUCGCGUCUCUACGCAAAAUUAUCCCCACGCUGCCCUCGGACAAACUGAGCAAGAUCCAGACUCUGAAGCUGGCCUCCAGGUACAUAGACUUUCUGUGCCAGGUGCUGCAGAGCGACGAGAUGGACAGCAAGAUGUCCAGCUGUAGCUACGUAGCGCACGAGAGACUCAGUUACGCGUUCUCGGUGUGGAGGAUGGAGGGCGCCUGGUCCAUGUCAGCAUCCCACUAGCAGUCAGAGACAAACACAAUGCCAAAGCGACUGUUUGCUUCCGAAUUAUGUAAAAGAGAUUAUUGAAGAACUGAUUGACCUCAGAGGCCAAGGAUGGAGCAGAGGCGUGAUGUGGCCCACGAAGUGUGUAUGCGUGUGUGUGCGUGAGUGUGUGUGGACGCAGAUUCAUCACACCGCGGAGGAUAGAACUGUGCAAAGUGCGCAGCGGGCCAACACAGAUCCGCCAGCUGUGCGCAUUUACGGCCUGAACUCUCACUAAAGCCUUCCUUUAAAAAAAAACCAUGGAGAUUUAUUUUGUUUUUCAAAGACUUUAAGCCAGAUUAUGAAUUUAUAUAUAGAUAUAUGAAAGCAUAUUGUACAUAUUUGUGUAACUAUAUCCUGCAAGGGGACCAAUGCAAUUCGGAGUCUUUUCGCUGCAUGGGGUUUAUUCCAACGACUUCCUUCUAAGUUUUGUCCAGUUUCCACUGUUGUUUUUGUUUAUUUAUUAAACGGGUAUUUUUUCUAAACAACAACAAAAAAAAUGUACUUCUGUGUUUUUUCACAUAUACUUAAAAACUCAUUAAAAUGUUCGGUUUAAUAAGUUUGAAUAACAAAGUAGAACUGGCUCUCGUUGAAGGGAUUUUUCCCUCUGUGUGUUGGGUGUGAGAAGUUGCCCUUUCCCCUCCCCUCUGCGCUUGUUAUGGAAAGAAAACCCUGCUUAAAAAAAAAAGAAAAACAGAGCCCAUAAAGAUCCGGCUUCAUUAAGGGCGCAGGAAAUAAAGUUCAGCCACAUAAAGUGUUUGUGCGCUUUUAUAACUAGGCAAUCAGUGUUUAAACUGCGACUCCUUCGACCGCAGAUAAGGACAAUAACUCCGCCAAAGGUUAAAAAAAAUAAAGACAAAUAAAUAAAAGACCUCAAAAUUA